GGGGGAAAAAAGGAGAGAGAGGGACACACACAGAGAGAGAGAGGUCUCUUGUGUGGUUGGGGUUAACCCUCGAUGUGCACACAGCCUCCAGACCAUUGCAAAAUGUGGUGCUCGAUGCUGUACAGGGGGUGUUGGGCUCUGCUGCUGAGUCAGUUGUCUCUCCCACUCAGUGGCUAUUCGCUCCCUGUGGGGGAUGAGGGGCCGCAUCUGAACAAUGACUGGGGAGAGCCCGUCAGACUCCGGCACUUGUACACAGCCAACAAACACAGCUAUCAUCUGCAGAUCAACCGGGAUGGCACCGUGGAUGGCAGCCUCGGACAAUCCUCUCACAGUCUUGUGGAAAUGAGGUCAGUGGCGCCUGGAGUGGUGGCGAUCAAAGGCUACCGCAGCGCUCGCUACCUGUGCAUGCACAGAGACGGUACCCUGUAUGGCUCGUUUUUCUACGACGAAGGAAACUGUUCCUUUAAAGAGCGACUGUUGUCGGACGGUUACAACGUGUAUUGGUCGGAGAAGUACAGAGCCGUCGUGUCGCUGAGCAGCGUCAGGCAGCGAUUGCACGCCAGGGGCAAAGGGUUGCCUCCCCUCUCCCAGUUUCUGCCCACGUUAAACAGAGUUCCCGUGGCGGAGGUUUCAAGGGACGAUUUCAGCGAUUCGCCUCAAAUGAACUCCCAGCGGGCUGUGCCCAUCAGGCUGGAUAGCAUGGAUCCUCUUGAAAUCACGUCCGACACCCACGUGAACAGGCCGCCUUCAUCCGAUGAUUGAAUCGCACCUCUGACGCUUUUCACUGGCAAAAUCUCGAACCGUUUUGCUGAACUGACGACCGAACAGUACUGCGGUGUGAAGGGCUGCCUCGCGCUUGCUGAGCCGGUGCAGUUAAACCUCCUGUUAUAGCGCUAACCCAGUCAGACACUGCUAAGAUUUAAGACAACAACAACUUGCAUUUAUAUAGCGCCCUUCGUGCCAGUUGGCACCUCGGAGUGAUUAAGAUUAGCCAUCCUAAAGAGCAGAGUUGGGAGAUGCAGGUUGAACCCAGUAAAGGGUGUGAGUUAACCACUUAAUCUAAGGAGAUGGUUGGAGGAGGGGUGUAAAUGUUAAUGUGUAUCUUCCGGAAGGAACAGAGAAAACAAUUGAAUGUGUAGUGUGAAGCUUUUCCCUAAGGAGAGGGCUUUACAUUACCCCCGUGCCCUGCCUUCUGUCAGGAAGAUUGAAUAGGGCAGCUGUAAAAAUGAAAAAAAGUUCACAAUAUUUAACAUUAACUGUAAAAUAACUGACGCUGUAUAUAAAGGAUUUGAAUUCUCCCAAACAAGCACUUGACCCUUAUUACAGUAUUUAUGAAUUAACUUAUUAAAUACGGUAUUCCUUUUCAUUUUGUUA